GCCAGCUUAUGACUGCAUCGAAAAUCCCGACAGAACCAACAGGACUUAAGUUCUUGUUGCCCUCUUUUUUAAACAUCGAUCGGCUUAAUUGAAGGGUGAAAACUCGUUUCUGGAUCAUAUUUUGAAAACUCAUUCGGCUCUGAUCUGGUGUAAAAAAAUUGUCAUCACUAAGAAAGGACUAAACGGACGGACGUUGCUAUUUUCGCAAUACUGCCUUAGCUGAUGAUGUUUUCGUAUUACUAUAGUAAACUCGUUUUGGAUCAUAUUUUGGAAACACAUUUGGCUCUGAUAUGCCGGGAAAAUAAAAUCCCGUCAUCACCAGGAAAGAAUUAACAUGACUGAAUUUUCCUUUGUAACACGAUCGGCUUAUUUGAAGAGUAUAUACAUAAUCAUUUGUAAACUCGUUUUUGAUCACCAUUUGGAAACACAUUUUGCUCUUGUCUUCCGGGAAAAAUAAGUCCCGUCAACAACACUUCGAAAAAACUGAAAAGGCCAACGUUAUUAUUUUCAGUACUGCAUCAGCUAAUAGUGAAUUUAUUUAUAACACUAGUCGCCUCGUUUUGGAUCAUAAUUCUAUGGAAACUGGUUUAACUCUCAUCUGGAAAAAUAGCUCUCACGAACUAUACCAAGAUAAAUGAUUAAACAUGUCUCGUGCACGAACCAUAAUUUGUCUCGUUUUCUUGGGCAUUUUCUACGUAUUUUAUCAAGUUGGCUCUCCCGCACUUUUCGGCAAGAUAGUCCGGAUGGAACAGCGAAUUUUGAACAUCUCUGCUGUAGCGAGGCAUGUGCAAUCCUUAAGUAAACUCCAUCGAAGCAAAGCUGGUCAUUUCAAGAACGAUACGACUGCAUACGAAUACAAAUAUAUCCACAACCCAUCUUACACCUGCUACGAAAGAGAUGGAUCGAAAAUGAAGGUCCAUGUGCUUUUUUAUUCUCCUACAGCAACAUAUCAUUUUAAGAGACGGCAAGCGAUUCGAGAAACUUAUGGUAAUUCAAGCCACUGGGAGUCUUUGGGUGAACAUGGAACGAUGCGCACUGUCUUCCUUCUUGGUUCCACGCCAAAUGAUACAUUACAAAGUUAUAUUGAUUACGAAGCCAUUCGCCAUGGGGACAUUGUCCAGGAGAACUUUCUUGACAGCUACCUUAACCUGACGUUAAAGACAACGAUGGGUUUGAAAUGGGUUACCAAUUUCUGCAAACAUGCUCAAUAUGCCAUUAAAAUAGAUGAUGAUACCAUGAUGAACCAACGGCGUUUCCUUAGCAAAGUGUCGACCAAACCACCAUUGACCAACUAUGCAGCUGGGAAAACCUGGGUUGGGGCAGUGGUAAAACGGGACAGAAAAAAUAAAUUCUACUUAUCGAAGGAGGAAUAUCCUUUUCCUCAUUAUCCCCCAUAUUUGGAUGGACCGGUCUAUAUCUUGUCUACGGAUGUGGUCCAGAGAGCCUUCAAUGUUUCCUUAACCACGCCCACCUUCAAGUGGGAGGAUGUCUACCUUGGGAUGUGCCUCAAGAAAGUUGGAGUUCCACUUCGGGACAUUAAGAAUUUUCGGUUAUUGCACUUUACCGGAGGGAGUAUGAAACGUCGUGUGCAAGAAGUGAACUCCUAUGCUUUUAUAUCAGGCUUGAACGUUACCGAAAUGAUAUGGGUUUGGAACCAAGGUCGUUUAGGCAAUUAACCACCGAUUAAACUGCAGUCAAAGACUGCAUAUCUCUGCUAAUGAGUACGAAAUACUAUAAUUCAAAACUAGAAAAUAUCAA